AGCCUUUUCUGCCGCUGAGACCCCCAGGUCCCUUGAAGGCCACGCCAUGUCAUGCACCCUGGAAGAAGCUCUCGUGUGUCUGACUUUCACCUUCCACAAAUACUCGGACAAAGAGGGCGACAAGAAUACCCUCAGCAAGAGGGAGUUCAAGGCGCUGAUACACAACGAAUUCACCAGCAAGGAGAAGCUCAGUGACAAGACUAUCAGGAAGAUGAUCGAUGAACUGGACGAUGACCUGGACCAGGAACUGAACUUCCAGGAGUACCUCAAAUUUCUGGGCGAAUUAGCCAUUAUUUUGAACGACAUGCUAAAAGAUGUUCUGUGAGGCUGUCGAAGACAGAUAGCCAGGUGUAGGGAGGUUGAUCUCCCCUCCCCCUUCAACCACUUAAGUGUGUGUGAGUAUGAGCAGAAAUGCCAACAUUAAAUUUUUUUUUUAAAGUUGA